AUGAAAAACAAAAUUAGAAGGGGUGGUAAACAAUCAACGCAAUCAUCAAGGGAUUAUGAAAGAAUACAGACAAGGAUUCAACAAAAUGGCUCCAAAAUCGAAUACGUAUCUAAUUUUCUUGAUAGAUACUUUAGAACUCACGUUACAUCAGUUAUAUUGCUAAGUUUAGCUAGAAUAUUCAUUAGAAAGCUUGAUUUAACUCUAGAUAGGCUAGCAAAAAGAAAUCGAACAGCAUUACUAUGCUGGUUUGCAGAAAAUUGGGAUCCAAUUUAUGCUCAGCUAAAGAGGACAGACUUUCUCACUUAUGUUGCGAAUCAAGGUUUUCCUGAUGAAAAUGGACAAAUUCAAUCAUCGCCAAACCCGGAAUCAGAAGAUCAAAAACAAUCACCUGACCCAUAUGAUAUUUCAUUUCUGCUUAAUAGUCAUUAG